AUGUGCUCAUCGGCUGCGGAAGAGAGAAUCAGCAAAAGAACACCGGAAUUUGGGCAGGAGUUUUUGGGCUUGGCAAUGCUUCCCCCAAGGCCUUGUGUGACGGAUGACCAAUACAGCUACAACCGAUUGGCUCUUGGUGAUGCGGGGAACGGUGAUCCAACGCCUAUACAAAAGAGGAAAAACCUCUACUUUGUAACUCUUGAAGGUAUGAGUAUUGGAGAGGAAAGUAUUGGCAUAGAUCCUCAUGUGUUUAGUGAUGGUGGAGUCAUCCUUGAUUCUGGAGCUGCACUCACAUCUAUACCUUUAAGUGAGUAUAACAUACUCAAACAAGGAGUUCAUGAAGUAGUGGGAUGGAAAUUGACCCGGUACUUUAGGCGUGAGGAAGAUAUCAAUUUGUUGUGCUAUGGAGGAAAUGUAACAGAAGAGAUGACUGGGUUUCCAGGAGUCUCAUUCCACUUCGCUGGGGGAGCUGAUUUAGCGAUGGAUGAAAAAAGUAUGUUUUUACAGGCAAAUUCAGAUCACUUUUGCAUGUCUGUUCGUCCACUAAAGGAUGGUAGGAAGAUCUCGGUGAUUGGAAUCAUGGCCCAACAAAAUUAUAAUGUGGGUUUUGAUCUGGAAGCAGGGAUGGUUCAUCUUCAAAAGAUUGACACUGACAUAUUUUUAUAG